AUGAGCACGAACCCGUUGAUCGCCAACCUCGCCUCACAGACACCUGGAUGGCUUGGUACUUUAGCAAUGAACUUAGACGGCGUCGUUAUACAUUCAGCUGGUGAGCUAAAAAAUGACGAUGAAAUAGCAAGCAAGUUUUUUGAGUUGGCCCGCCACGUCGGUAGGUACAUGGAACUCGAGGGACCACAAGCCAAUCAAGAAGAUCCUUUCAAACGGCUUACAGUAAUGUGUUCCAAGCACGCGUACGUAAUGACCUGCAUUGGCGACACUAUAUACGUGGUCAAACGACGACUGCCCCAAAUCGACUCUGAAUCCUCCGUCGACGAAACCGUACUCAUGAGGGACCCUCACUCACCUAUAAAUGUCUGA